AUGGGCUCGUCACCAUUACCCGUGAGCCUUCAGAGCAAGCUCAAGCAGCCGACCCAAGUCUCCCGGCUGAAGAGCUUCAGCAGGACGUUGGAUCUUCUGCGCAACCUCAUAUUCCUACUCUUCGUGCUGCGGAUAUCGAGGAAAUCGUUCUACUUCCUGCGAGGCUAUGGCUUCUUCGGCUCCCUCGUUUUCUUGUACCGCGCCCUCCGCAAGCGCACCUACCGGUUACUUCUCAAAGCACCCGGCGUCCGUGGCCAGGUGGAAAAGCAAAUCAUAGCAACCAGGAAAGACAUAGAGUCAAGGAUCGCGUCCAAUAUUCCCUCGACGACGCGCAACGUCAUCCUUCCCGCCGAGCCAUGGACCGCAGAACAUCUCCGUAGCGAGCUCUCCGCCCUCGCUGCGGCCAAACGCACCCGGUGGGAAGAAGGCAAAGUUUCAGGUGCCGUCUACCACGGUGGCUCUGACCUGAUAGCGCUGCAACAUGAAGCCAUGCAGCUCUUCUCCGUCUCCAAUCCCAUCCACGCCGACGUCUUUCCUGCCGUCCGCAAGAUGGAAGCCGAAGUCGUCGCCAUGGUCCUAUCACUCUUCAACGCACCUCCAACCGCCGCGGGUGCCACCACCUCCGGUGGAACCGAGUCCAUUCUCAUGGCUGUUCUCUCUGCGCGUAACAAAGCCUACCACGAACGCAACGUAACGGCUCCCGAAAUGAUCAUCCCGCAAACCGGCCACGCAGCUUUCCAGAAAGCGGCCGAAUACUUCAAGAUCAAGGUCCAUCUCGCUCCCUGCCCUGCACCAGCCUACACCGUUUCUAUUCCACAUGUCCGUCGCCUCAUCAACCCCAAUACCAUCCUUCUUGUGGGCUCUUGCCCCAACUACCCUCAUGGUAUCAUCGACCCAAUACCGGCCCUCAGCAAGCUCGCUCUCUCACACUCAACCCCCCUGCACGUCGACUGCUGCCUCGGCUCCUUCCUGAUCCCGUGCCUCUCGGCCGCCGGAUUCCCUGAGCCCGCCGGGCCCUUCGAUUUCCGUGCCCCGGGCGUCACCUCCAUCAGCGUUGACACGCACAAGUACGGCUUCGCGCCCAAGGGCAACAGCUGCAUCUUGUACCGCACCCCGCUCCUACGGCAGUAUCAAUACUUCGUGGCGCCCUCAUGGUCCGGCGGCGUGUACGGCUCACCCUCAAUCGCAGGCUCCCGACCCGGCGCGCUGAUCGCCGGCUGCUGGGCCAGCAUGCUCUCCGUGGGCAAGAGCGGCUACGUGGCAGCGACCAACAAGAUCGUGGCCACGCGCGCCACGCUGCAGAACGCCAUCACCGAGCAUCCGGACCUCAAGGACGCGCUGCAAGUCAUCGGCGACCCCUUGGUCUCGGUCGUCGCCUUCCGCGCCAAGGAUCCCGCCCUCGACAUCUACGAGAUCGGCGACGCCAUGGGCCGGCGCGACUGGCACUUGAACUCGCUGCAGGACCCGCCGGGCUUGCACGUGGCGGUCACGCUGCCGAUGUGCGCCGACGGCGUCGUCGACGGGUUGAUCGCCGAUCUUGUGGCGUGCGUGAAGGAGGAGAAGGAGAAAGUGCGCGACCGCAUCAGCAAGGGCGAGGCCAUCAAGAAGGGCAACACCGCGCAACUGUACGGCGUGGCGGGCAGUCUGCCGGACAAGAGCGUGGUGGAGAAGGUCGUGGUUGCGUACCUGGACACGCUGUACAAAGCCUGA